AGUAUUCUGUUAGGAUCGUAUAUCCAAAAGAAUCAAAUCCAUGAUGUCAUCCAACAAUAUUCAAAUCUAAAUGGGUGUUGUUUUGAUAUUUUAAGAAAGUUAUGGGGCUUAAAAUGCGAAUAACGAAAAGUUCCAAACCUCACCGCCUUUAUUAUAUAUAUAGAAUAUAAAUAAACGAUAGUAACAAAUAGCGCAUGAAAUUCGCCUCACUCACGUACCACACAUAACAACUUCACACACACAAACACACAUGCGUGCGUGUGUGUGAAACUGAGAAGAAUACCAGUGUAGACUCAAACAGUCGUCACCCUAUUUUUUUCUCUCCGGCGGUUGUUUCCGGUCAUUUUAUUUAGAUGGAGGCGCCGCUUAUCGACCGCCGCAGCUCCGGCGAUCUGAUCGGAGACGACGGGGAUUACCUUCCGGUGAGUGGCGUGAGAGAAUGGUGGAGAGUUUUCUGCAUAGAAACAGUCAAGCUUUGGAGUAUAGGUGGACCAAUUGCAUUCCAGAUUCUCUGUCAGUUCGGAACUAACUCCGUCACCACCAUGUUCGUCGGACACCUCGGUGAUAUUGAACUAUCUGCCUUCUCCAUCGCUGUUUCCGUUAUCGGCACGUUCUCCUUCGGAUUUAUGCUCGGCAUGGGUAGUGCCCUAGAAACACUAUGCGGGCAGGCAUUCGGUGCAGGUCAAGUCCACAUGCUAGGAGUCUAUAUGCAACGGUCCAUCAUAAUCCUCUUCGUGACCUGCAUCCUCCUUCUGCCGCUGUACAUAUUCGCCACACCAGUUCUCCUCCUCCUCGGCCAAGAAGCUGACAUCGCGAAUCCGGCCGGAGUGUACACACUCCUAAUCGUUCCUCAGCUAUUCUCACUCGCCGUCACAUUCCCAUCGCAGAAGUUCUUGCAGGCGCAGAGCAAAGUCUCUGUUCUUGCCUGGAUUGCUUUUCUCGCUCUAGCUUCGCAGGUUGUUCUGUGCUGGCUCUUUGUGAACGUACUCGGCUGGGGAGGCUUUGGAGCAGCAUUGGCUUUCGAUCUCACCAGUUGGGCCACUGCGAUUGCGCAGUUUGUUUAUGUUGUCGGGUGGUGUAAGGAUGGGUGGAAGGGGUUCUCGUGCACUGCGUUUCACGAGAUUUGGUCCUUUGUGAGGCUUUCACUUGCUUCUGCUGUGAUGCUCUGUUUGGAGAUUUGGUACAUGAUGAGCAUUAUUGUUCUAACUGGGCAUCUCGAUAAUGCUGUGACUGCUGUCGGUUCUCUUUCUAUAUGCAUGAAUAUCAAUGGAUGGGAAUCUAUGCUCUUUUUUGGAAUCAAUGCGGCUAUAAGUGUUCGAGUGUCGAAUGAGCUUGGCCUAGGAAAUCCACGAGCGGCCAAAUAUUCCGUCUAUGCAACAGUUUUCCAGUCCCUUCUGAUUGGGAUUCUGUGCAUGGUUAUCAUCCUUGUCACUAGGAACAACUUCAGUAUAAUUUUUACAGACAGCAAAGAUAUGCAACAAGCAGUUGCUCAUCUUUCAGGCCUUCUUGGAAUCACCAUGGUUCUCAAUAGUGUCCAACCAGUGAUAUCAGGUGUUGCUGUGGGAGGUGGAUGGCAAGCUUUGGUGGCAUACAUUAACUUGGCUUGUUACUACAUUUUCGGUCUGCCGUUGGGAUAUGUUCUUGGUUAUGUGGCUAAUCUUGGAGUUGUGGGACUUUGGGGAGGCAUGAUUGCUGGAACAGCUUUGCAGACCUUGCUGCUCUUGCUGGUGCUCUACAAAACCAAUUGGAAAAAAGAGGUUGAGCAGACUUCAGAAAGAAUGAGAAAAUGGGGAGGGCAAGAGAUUAAUGACAGUGAAAAAGUAGCUAAUGUUUGAUCAGCUUCUUCACAUUGGACUAGUUUUUAAUUAUUUUGCCAAUAUUCUAACUUAUUAUGCAUUUGUUUUAAUGCUGCAAGAAUUUUAGUUUCAAGGCAGAGGAAUUUAGAGAAAUUAUUUCAAAUGUCUGACAUUAUAUAGUAGAUUCAAUAAAUUCAUCCAAAAACAAA